AUGGAAACUCUUACACUUAAAAAAAUAGAUCUUAAAGAUACCGUCCGUAAAGCUCUUGAUCCUUUUGAGUUUGAGUUAGAAAUGCAUUGUAAAGAAGAUUUGGAAGAAAAGGUAAUAUUUACUAUAUUUUAUACUGUAAAUGUAAGUAAUGAGAAUGAAGAUCAAGUAUUAUCUGAGACAGAAAUUUUUCCAAUUCCAAAAGGUAACAUAAAAUUUACUCUUGAAGCUGAUGCACCCGACAUAAAAGUUAUUCCUUAUGAUCAAUUAUUUGGUCUUACUUCUAUUAUUAUUGUAGGAAAAUAUAAAGAAGAGCAAUUUAUAAGAAUAGGAUAUAUUGUAGAUGUAUACUACCCUGGAAUACCAAAUGAUAAGCUUUUAUACAAUGAUGAUGAUGCAGAAGAUAUUAAUGAUGAAGAUAUGGAAGAGGAGGAAGACGAAAAUGGUAAUUUGGAAGAUUUGGUUGUUGAAGAUGAAGAAUGUGAAGAAAAGGAAAUUGUAGAAAACAUAAAUGAAUCUUGUAGCCAGGACGAGGAAGAUGACACACCCAGGUCAUUUACAGAUGCUAUGGUAGAAAAAGUUACUAAUAAUGAAAUGAGUAAUAGUGACGAGAUACAACCUGAAGAAUUUAAUCAAGUAAAUGAAGAAUUAGAAAAAACGAUUACGGAAGAAAAAAAUCAAGAAGAUGUUUUUGAAUACAAAGGACAUAAAAUUAAUUAUAAUUUUAUCGAACUAAAUGUAAUGGUACCGCCUAGUAUUCAUACAUUUUUAAUACAAUGGAAAAAUGAGCAGAAUGAUUUAAGUACUGAAGAGGAAGUUAGUAAAAAAAUAAAAAGAGAAGAAUAA